AAUUGGGACAAGACAAAAAAAACAAAAAGAUAAAAAGAAAAAGAAAAAAAACACUUUGGGACCCAAUAAUUUUGGUAUCUCCGCUCUGGCGGUGCCACUCCGAAAGACGCUCAACGCUCUCCGCCCAACAACUACGCCCCGUCUCAUUCCGCCACGAUCCCAUUUCUGUGUGCCUAUAUAUAUACGUACGGCCAGACUUGCUCAGUUUAUGUGCGAAUCAAUCACCGAGGGAGAGAGAGAGAGAUUGAUUCUGGGCGUUAAUGGCGUUGUUGUUGAGGCUGAGACCUGGAGACGCCACAGGUUUCAAGUUCCUGUUCUCGCUGGCGUUCAUGUACGCUCUAAUGGCGGCUCUCGUUUACUGCGUCGUCCACAUGAAGUUCAUCUCUCCGCUUCCCGCCGACGCCCCUCUCGAUCGCUUCUCCGAGGCCAGAGCCUUCGAUCACGUCCGCGUCUUGGCCGAGGAAAUCGGCGGUCGUCAGGAAGGGAGAUCGGGCCUCAGAGAAGCUGCGACAUACAUUAGAUCGCAGCUGGAGAUGAUGAAGGAGAGAGCUGGGCCUAAUCUAAGGGUUGAAGUGGAAGAGACUCAGGUGGAUGGAUCCUUCAGCAUGAUGUUUUUGGGCCAUAGUAUAUCAUUGGGUUACCGAAACCAUACAAAUGUAUUAAUGAGAAUAUCCUCAUUGCAGUCUCGUGACACCGACACAUCAGUAUUGAUGAAUGCACAUUAUGAUAGUCCUCUUGGCUCCCCUGGAGCUGGUGAUUGUGGUUCAUGCGUAGCAUCACUGCUUGAAUUAGCAAGGCUUAUAAUAGACUCUGGAUGGGUCCCACCUCGACCUAUUCUUUUCCUCUUUAAUGGCGCUGAAGAACUUUUUAUGCUGGCUUCACAUGGCUUCAUGAUGAAGCACAAGCUGAGGGACUCGAUUGGAGCAUUUAUAGACGUGGAAGCAUCAGGAACUGGGGGUCCCGAUCUGGUCUGCCAAUCAGGACCUGGCUCAUGGCCGUCCCUUAUCUACUCUCAAGCUGCAGUCUAUCCAAUGGCACAUAGUGCUGCACAGGAUGUUUUCCCAGUAAUUCCCGGAGAUACUGAUUACAGAAUGUUUGCCAAAGAUUAUGGUGACAUUCCUGGGCUAGACAUUAUUUUUCUUCUCGGCGGUUACUAUUACCAUACUUCCUUUGAUACAGUGGACAGACUAUUACCGGGAAGCAUGCAAGCACGUGGGGAGAACUUGGUCAGUGUGCUUAAAGCCUUUACCAAUUCUUCUAAGCUAAAAAAUGCUGGCGAAAGAAGGUCCCUUGCGGUGGAUACCAACAAAUACACGGAUGAAAGAGCUGUUUUCUUUGAUUACCUAACACUGUUCAUGGUGUACUAUCCAAGAAGAGUGGCCUUGGUACUUCACAGCAUUCCAUUUGUUUUGUUCCUUCUUGCUCCUUUUUUCUCGUAUGUGCCGGAACCUGGACUGCAGCCUCGGCUGGCAACCUUCUGGGCUUUCUUGAAUGGAGUUAUGCACCAUGCUGCUGGAAUUUUCCUCGGCAUCAUAUUCCCUGUUCUGUUUUCAAUCAUCAGACUAUUCUUCACUUAUCCGAUGAGCUGGUUCGCUCAUUCAUAUUUGGCAUUCUUCAUGUUCAUCCCAUGCUCACUUUUUGGUCUUUUAGUUCCAAAAACUCUCUUCAAUGGGUUAUCUCAUUCUAAAACUGUUUCAUCUAAGAAGACAAUGAAAGUGGGUCAUUCUGAUGAAGCAAGGUUUUGGGGUGCAUUUGGGUUCUAUGCGAUUCUGACUUUGGCAUAUAUUCUGGCGGGGCUAAGUGGGGGAUUCUUGACUUUUUUCAAUUGCGUUUGUAUGCUAUUCGCAUGGAUUUGUUUAUGCUUAUCUGACAAGUCCUAUGGUCGUGAAUCACUCAGGUCUACCAUGUUUUAUGUGAUACCUCUUGUUCCCUGCCUUUUGUACUCUGUCUAUUUUGGUGGUCUACUGGCACAAUUUUUGAUUGAGAAGACAGGAAUGAUGGGAGCUGUUCCACCACCUUAUGGAUUUUACCUUGCAGAUGUACUUGUAGCUGCAGUUGUAGGAGUCGUCACCGGCUGGUGCUUUGGCCCAAUUCUUCCUAUUUGCGAUCGUUGGCUCGCAAAAUCAUCUAUCUUGAAAUUCUUUCUGCACUUAACAGUGGUUACCUUGGCAAUAUCCUCACAGUUCUUUCCUUACAGCAAGGAUGCACCUAAGAGAGUUGUGCUCCAACAUACAUUCAUCACGACAGGUGGAAAUGAAAUCGUGGACACGAGUUAUGAUGUUGCAGUUGUUGAUUCUAAUUCUAUGGAGUUUGUAUUUAAGCAUGCACCGAAACUGGCGAAAGAAUUAGAUGUUGAUGCCGGUUUUUCUUUGGCCAAGGCAGAUGCCUCUCCUGAAGAGGCUUGGUUGGCACUUUUCCCCAUCUCGUCGGUAGUAACGAGAAAUGCAAGGUUCCCCGCUAAAGCAGACGCGGUCCAAAGACGAUACAGCCAUUUCCCGUGUUUAUCUAGUUAUAAACCUCAAACAACAUAUGAAAAGGGAUCUCGAAGGAUUCAUCUGGAACUUUCCCUAGGCUCGUUGGAGGAAAUCUGGGUCACGGUUAUGAACAUCACAGGGCCGUUAUCAGGAUGGUCGUUCGCAGACGGCAAACCUCCAGCUCCUGAAGUCCCAGAAGGCGGUCCGCCAUCAUAUAUAUUGAGACUCAGUGGAAAUAGCACUGAGAAGUGGGAGUUCUGGCUAGAGUUGCAGGCGAUUGGUGAGGAAGAACUAAGAGUGGAGGUGGCAGUUCUUGAUCAGGUUCUUGAUGAACGGACACAAACAUUGAAGGGUCUUUUCCCUGAAUGGGCCGACGUUGUUUCUUAUUCCAGCUUCCUCUCAACCUAUGUCUUCUGAGCAUCAUCAAACUAUUCAUGCUUGUCCGAAAUUCUGUUAUUGCAAGUGUAAGAUUAUAGAUCUUUCUUUUCAGUUCUAUAAACGUAUGAAGUAGAAUUACAAAAUUCAAAUUUAGGAGAGAUUAUUUAUUGUAGAAUUUUUUUAAUA